CUAUUCUCACGAACUGCACUAUUUCGUGCACGCAUUACUCUUUACAUCAUUCUUCUGAAUCGGACAAAUAAAUUGUUCUGGUUGUGUCCUAGUAAUUCAACUGAUGAACCGAACUUUUACAAAAGAGAAAGGAUACACACGAAUCAGAAGUUGAUUUAACUGGCGAUUUUCCCUUGAAUCUCUUGAAGUAAUGACCUACUUUCAAGAGCUUCUUCUCUUAAAGGACAUGCGAUAAUUGUGUUACCUGCGUGUUAUUUAGGUAGCUCUCUCCUCAGCCAUGUGGUUGCGAUAUUGGAGCUACUUAACCAACUUCAAGUGGACCUUCGCUCUAGGAAUUCUUCUAAUUUUGGCUAACAGUCUACAAGUUUGCUCCAACAGCCACACCAGCCUAGACUUCGAAAUUUCAGCAAAUACUUUGUCAACCACAAAGAAAGUAGUUGAUCAUUUUGGUCGAACAAAUGACUCGUACAAGGAAGCCAACAAUUCCAAAGAAUUUAAUAACAAACACACAACGCGUCCCUUACGAACUCGACGCAGUGUCCUACAACUGGCUAACGUGUUGAAGUGUGUCACAGGUUGCGAUCCUCUAACUUACAAAGGAUACGGAUGUUACUGUGGUUAUAUGGGAAGAGGAAAUCCAGUGGACGGAAUUGAUAAGUGCUGCUUAGAACACGACUGGUGCUAUACCUAUUCUGCUUGUCAUCAGCUCCUCGUUUAUUUUGUUUCUUACCGAUUUCAAUGUGCUGCUCCUGGAAAAGCUCACUGUAGAGGCGAUGACUAUACUGUUGACGGUGAAUGUGCUGCCCAGCUUUGUAAAUGUGACAUAGCCUUCGCUUACUGCGUAAGUAAGUAUUCUUGUCCCUCGCAUCGUGCCUCAUGUCAGUCUUCAUCGCCAUCAAUCACAAUUACAUUCCACAACGUAGUGAAGGUCACAAGCAACAUAAAUGGGAAAUAACCCUCCAUAAUAGCUACCUGUGAUAAGAAACCUAAAGGUAUUAUGUCGAUAGUAGCACAGUGAUUUUUUUCCUCUAAUAAUUUAUGACGAUGGUAAAGUAGCAGAUUACAGCCUUUAUUCCAGAGUCACUUCGCAUUAUUCAAGUUGUAGAAUCUGUUUGAAGAUUCUAAGUUAUUGGUGUGAAACUAGGUAAAACUGACAUAUGGAUAUUAUCUCAAACAAAACUUGUGAAAAUGAUGUGGUAGCAUUCCUGUAACCACUGACUCGUUCACCACGAAAAAUAGCAAAAUUGCUAUUAUAUAGCUGAUCCACAAACUUCAAAAUAUUAAUCCAUAAAAUUAAUUGAUAAGAUAGCAAAAAAUGGAAGAGAAAAGUUUUUAAUGUAAAUGCAUUAUAAGAAUUUUACUAGGAUAUUAGUUCAGUUUCAAGAUACUCGGGGAAUUCUUACAGAUAUUCAUUUUAUCAUACUCCUUUGGAUGUUCACUUGUUGGAGUCAUGUAAAUCUAUACCUCACAUAUUGAAGAUCCAUUAAAAACAAAAAAACUGUGUUGGAAGCUUCAUAUUAUAAGCAGCAACAAAUUAUUAAUGGAGGCCUUUAAUCGCCAACCAUUGUUUACAUCUUCGGGCCAAGACACCAUCUCCAGUGAAACACGUACAAAAACAGAAGUUACAACUUCCAUCCAGGGCAACAUCUUCAGUGAAACGCGUACAAAAACAGAGGUUACAACUUCCAUCCAGGGCAACAUCUUCAGUGAAACACGUACAAAAGUCUAAGUACAAGACGGUGAUUGUAAAAUCUAAAAUAAAAAUAUCUGCUACAAGUCCAACCUAUAGUCAGGAUUUUGUAUUAGGAAGAAAAAGAAAAAAAAACUUGUAAAUAGACUAAACUGAGCCAUUUUUUUCGUAUCUAUUCGACUUUAAAUUUUCUUUUUCAAGAUCUCUAUGGUCAUAUACGAAUGAUUGUUAUAGUAUAUUAUCUUCUCACAUUAAAAAGCUGGUCUGUCACGCAGCAACGUUUUUUUUGUUGUAAGGAUUAUAAUUAUAAUUAGUAGGCUGCUGAGCAUAAAGAUUAGAUUAGAUAAGCUUCGUAGCUUUUAGGCUACUGAACAUAGCGAUUGGAGUAGAUAAGCUUCGUAGUUUGUAGGUUACUGAACAAAGCGAUUGGAUUAGAUAAGCUUCGUAGUUUGUAGGUUACUGAACAAAGCGAUUGGAUUAGAUAAGCUUCGUAGCUUGUAGGCUACUGAACAAAGCGAUUGGAUUAGAUAAGCUUCGUAGUUUGUAGGUUACUGAACAAAGCGAUUGGAUUAGAUAAGCUUCGUAGUUUGUAGGCUACUGAACAUAGCGAUUGGAGUAGAUAAGCUUCGUAGCUUGAAGGCUGCUGAACAUAGUUAGGGGUUAGCUAAGAUUUAAAAGCAAGAUAAUCCCAAUUGCUUGGUUUUAGAUAGCACAGUAAUAUAUUAAUAUUUCCGCUCAUUACUUCUUUAUUUUUCUGAAGUUCACACUGUGAAGUUGACAGUGAAGUUGGUUGCAUAUUUGUAAAGACAACUAGCCUGGUUCUACACAAAUUAAACUCGAACAGUUGUACUUAUUUUUAAGUGAAAACAUAAGAAAGGCCCACGUUUCUUGAACAAUAGUUAGGACAAACUGGUAUACAAAGAUAUAAAAUAAAGAAGUUCUAGUGAACGAAAAGUUCCAAAGUUUGUCCAACGAGACGACUGUUCGUAAAGAUAAGAUUAAGUCAAGGGUUUGAGUCUUGAAAAACCACAUAUAGCUAAGUGAAUCGGGGUCUUAGUUCUUUUUAUGUUUAGUUCAUACUACAACAUCUGUAUACGGUAAGUAACAGCGAGUUGUUGCCAUUUGUAUAGAUGUAUAGUUUCCUAUCAGUCUUAUUCACUGUUCGUGUAUCGACAUGACUUAUAAGUACAACCAGAAUUCGUAAACAACUCUCAACCGUUUAUUCUGUGAACGUAUAUUUCAGAAGAAUCACAACAAACAGUGACGUCAUAUUUAUUUGCUACAUAUAAUAGCUUCAGUGUUUAAAGCCUUCUCUUCAGUUUGGUAACGGAGAUUUCUAUGUGUAGUAAGUAAUACCAGACAAUUUUGGGUUUGCAGACACAAGUCCAUAUCCACUUUUUGUACUCGGUAAAUGUGUAACAUAACUCUGUACUAUUCGAGAAUAAUAUGACCUAAGAUACUGCUGAAACUUUCUGUAGUUUCUAACAUAUAGUCUGAUGUAAUUGUCCCACUGUGGGUCAGCGAUAAGUUGACGAUUUACAAUGAUAAAAUCCGAAGUUCGAUUCCCUGCAGUGGACACGACGCAUAUAUAGCCCAUUCUGUAGCUUUUCGUUAAAAACAGCAAGAACCAGGAUGUGAUUAAUUAAUAGCAUUGGGGCUUUAUAAUGUUCCUAAAGAUCAAUACGCGGGUGACAACUCUCCGACUGUAUCUAUAAUGUGUUCUAGAAGUAGUUAGACUAAGCUGAACUUAGCAUUAUGAAGCUAUGACUUGUAAAUAUUGGAUUCUCCUCAUUGUACUCACGCACUCAAAAUAUUUGAGCAAAUUUUAAAUGGCACUAGUUAAAACAUGGAAAGAACACUAAGCUAUACAAACCAACUCUGAAUAAGUGACUUUUUGGAACUUUUUUACGUUCAAUUAUAUUUAUUUUAAUAGAAAUUUUCCCGAUUGACAAAACUUUCAUCUUCUGGGAAAACAUUCAAUAAAUUGGGUUUUUGCGCUAAAAAACCCAUAACAAGGCCAAAAACGAAUGUUUGUAACUGCCAUCAAAUACCAGAUUCUUUUUACUAUAAUUAUUUUAAACAGAUUUGUUGAAUGGCUUGUAUCCGUUUAUCUCCUAUGAUGUAAGUAAAAAGUCUUUAUUAAAAAAAUGUAACAAUGCUUCUUUAACAGGGUGUAUAUACCGAACACAUUUCUUUCAUAUUAGGUAAAUUACUAUUUGUGCUGUUUCUAAUAUUUAGUAUGAUUGUUAGCCUAAAAUAAGUUUAUGUUUCAUAAAGCUGUCCAGUGGAAUUACUAUAUUAAUGCCAAAACUGAAGUCCUAUUUAAAGAAGGUCCAAUUUUAUAUCAUAAAAUGAUGUCAGAUUUGUAACCACAUUUUGUAUGUCAGAAAACAAUAAAUUUUGCGUCUAAGAAGAGAACAAAUAAAGUUAUGAAGAUAUUAAUAAACAGUUCAUUUGUUACAUGAGUUUACGUGCACAUUGUUUCAAAUAAAGUUAUGAAGAUAUUAAUAAACAGUUCAUUUGUUACAUGAGUUUACGUGCACAUUGUUUUGAAUAUUGUUCUGUUCAUAAGUGUUGAAAGUAUAGAUUUUUUCAUUAUUGAACUUGUAUUAUUCAUUCUCUGCUUUACAUGCGAUAUUCUUGUAAGAUACAUGCUUAAAUUGUAACACUUUUAAUUAAAACUUUGGAAAUCAUGUCAUUUGUAUU